AUGCAUAUUGAAAGGUGUAUCAAAAGCGAAUAUCCAGAAAACCAUGGCCAUUUAAUUAGUCAAUGUUUGAGAAUGUCAAACAUUCAAUUGCCAUCCGAAGAAGAACAAUCUAUGGCCUCGCCAAUUGAGGAGAAACUAAUGGCUGUGCCAAGAAAAAGAAUGGCAAAAGAAAACCAAGAGGGUAGCUCUUCUGGCAAGAAAACAAAAUCGUACGCCACAAACCCAUACGUUGAUGACGAGCCCUCGUGUCCAAAUGACACUCCAGAAUCUGAUAGAACCAGUGUGGUCGCACCAGUAGAGGUGCCUACCACCUCUUCAAAGUAG